AGGACCAAGGAGAAGGACGGUCUGGAUGAGAUGGAUUUUGGUAUGGAUGUUACACUUGCAACAUGAAAGAUGAAGAAAGUGUAAGUGCAUAUAGACACUAUGAGAUACGUAUAUAGAUGCAAACAAAUGUUUGGAUGCUAGGACUCAAACUGUUGAGGAUCAUCACAUGGCAAACAGCAGAAGGCAGCGCUACAAAUACACCUAUGUGAAGAUGUCCCCAGUGCUCUUUGGAGUGAUUUUGGCUAAUGCUGUGAUUAAUGGUGUGUGUGAAUCAACUCAAUCAUGGUCAGACAGGGUAGAAAAAGGACUUUUGGACUCAAACCUUCUGAUCCGGAAUAAUGCAGUGUACCAUCUUGUGAACACAUCGUUCACUUUUGAUCAAGCUCUGCGUUACUGCCGUGGUCAGUCCAGCACCCUCACAACCUCAGGGGUCGACGAGGAUGAAGCCCGGGAACUACUCAAUCAAUCCAAACUGAACAAGCCCGUUUGGUUUGAAACUGACAAAACACAGAAACCAGCAUCUCAUCUGCCCCUUCCCAGACAAAAUAUGACGCUCAGAGGAUUAUCUUUCAAGUCUAAAGAUGGCUAUGCCCGUGUGAACGCCUCAUUCCCACCACUGUCCGCUGUGAGCGUUUGUGUGCGCGUACAGUGGGACCCGCCGCAGAAACGAGAGGCCGUGUCCACGGUGUUCUCUUACGCAGCGCGUGCUUUCACCAAUGAAUUCCAGCUGCGCGGAACUCUGCCCAAGAAAAGUCAUGACAGAACAGUCCGCCUAGCGCUUAUCGUUCAAGGACAUCACCCAUCGUACAAAGCCGAGCUGCCCCUUGAUGGAGACUGGCAUCAUGUUUGCGUCACGUGGCGCUCGACCCAUAAAGAUUGGGCAAUUUAUGUGGAUGGGAAAAAGGAAGAUGGUGGGAAAGGGAGAGCUCGGGAAAAUGAAAAGGAUAUCCACGGAGACGGGAUAUUUGUACUGGGACAAGACCAGGAUACUUUUGGUGGAAAUUUCACGGAUCCGUUUUAUGGAAACUUGACUGACCUGAACGUUUGGGGAGAAGCUCUGGAGCCAGAACAGGUGGCGGCGCUGAACACCUGCUCACAACUGACCAAUCACAGAGCCAUAUUCAGAUGGCAGGACUGGAACCUCACUGUCCAUCAGUCUGUCCAGAAUGUGUCUGCAACACUCAGCUGUCCAGGGUCGCUGAAGAAAGCACAGAUAAGGGAAAAGGAAUGUGAGAUAAAAGGCUGGUCUGAUCAUCAUCCUCAGCACAGCACUGUCCCCUGCACAGACAUGUUUCCCUUCAUCUGCAAAGUCAGCAUAGACCACUAUCUGAAGAUGAAGAACCUGAGAGAAUCUCUGACAUCCAACCCAAGCUCCUUCAUGCGAAGUCUCAUGCAGUAUGGCGUGACUGCAGACGAUGUGCUGUCUGAUACUGUAGAUGGGCAGAGCUGGACCUCAGUGUCCCGUUUGUUGAACGUGUCUGAGCAGGUUGUUUUGAAGGAGCACAAGCAGCUGGAGGACAGGGACAUGGUCUCUCUCAUGCAUGUUCUCUCUCGGGCUGCUGACCUGCCCAGCACCACCAACCAUAGUCGGCACGAUGCGAAGAGGCUCGGCCAGAGCUUCAUCACCAUUGCAGAUUCACUCAUCAGCCAAGACAAUGUCAGUAAAUGGAACAGCAUCAAAGAGGUAGUGAAGGGCCCAAUGGCAGUCGUACAGACUGUCGACCGCAUGGCGAGCAACCUUAACUCUCUGCUGAUGGACGACACAGACAGUGUGCAGAUACACAGCGAUAAUAUCAAGAUGCAGGUCCAACAGAAGCUGCUGUCUGAAGGUUCUCACGUUUCUGCAUUUUGUGGGUUGGAUGUGGGAGAUAGUGACUGCAUUUCUGUUCCAGCUGAAAACAUGAAGGAACUACAGAACAAUGGCUUCAAAAAGGUGACUUUGCUGAAUACAUGGUACAACUUUGUGAAAUGUCUCUCAGACAGGGAGGAGAACAUUACCCUUUCUUCUCCUAUAGUCAGUGAUGGGUCUCAUAGGAAAGUUCAAACAGUAUUGGGCUCAUCAGUCAUCUCCAGUACAGUGCUGGCAGAUGGAAAGCCGAUCAGCAUGGCCAUAAACUUCACACUCCAGCACAGGAUUCAGAACAGUUCACUGAAUAUGACACCUGUCUGUUCUUUUUGGGAUUUCGACCUGACGCCAGAGGGUGGAGGAUGGUCAACAAGGGGUUGCACUGUUAUUUACAGUCAGAACAACUCAACUUCCUGUUCCUGUAAUCACACUACCAACUUUGCCUUACUGUUACAGAUCUCCGAUUUUGAUACAAAUUUUGAAAAGCAUAUGACAAGCCUGCAGAUCUUCAGUUUGAUUGGCUCUGGUGUGUCUCUGUGUGGUCUCAUCUUCACAUUUAUUCUCUUCGUGGCUGUUGGUGUCCCAAAGUCAGAUCGGACUACAGUUCACAAAAACCUGAUAGCGGCGCUGGCUGUUGCUCAGUUACUUCUUAUUUUCAGCAAAUGGGCUGAGGGAAACAAGGAAGCCUGUUGGAUGGUGACGGCGCUCCUGCAUCUGUUUUUCCUGUCGUCUUUCUGCUGGAUGCUAGUGGAGGGAUUGCUGCUCUGGAGUAAAGUGGUUUCUGUUAACAUCAGCGAGGAGAGGAGAAUGAAGCUGUACCAUGUGCUGGGUUGGGGGCUGCCGGUUGUUAUAGUCGCUGUAACCUUGGCAGCCUCUUUGGAUCAGUACAAAGCACAGGAGUACUGCUGGCUGAACCUUCAGUCGCAUGUUAUUUGGGCUUUUGCGGGGCCUGUGCUCAUUGUUUUGGCCAUCAACUCUGUGGUGCUUUUUCGGGUUGUAAUGGUUACAGUGGCCAGUGCACGUCGCAGAGCCAAAAUGCUGACGCCCAGUUCUGAUUCAAAACUUCACACGCUGGAUCUUACCUGGGCAGCGACGCGACCGGUAUUGAUCUUGUUACCAGUUUUAGGUCUGACCUGGCUGUGUGGAGUGCUGGUACACUUGUCUGUCGGCUUGGCCUACCUGUUCAUCGCGCUCAAUGCUUUUCAGGGCCUGUAUAUUUUUCUGGUGUAUGCGGUUUACAACAGUGAGGUGCGGAAUGCCAUAAGAAGAAUUCAGGACAAGCGAAAAGCUUUGUCAUUUACAAACUGCUCACAGCCUAUCAGCUUCUUGCCCUCCCAAAAAUCUCCCAGUGAUUCAUGGGUACACAGCCUGCCGACUCAUUCCAGCCCAGAGAGCAGCGAGACCUCGACACCCAUCACCACCUCCACAGCCAACUCGCUCGUCUUUAAGAACGAACGGUUUAAAGAAGACAAUGUUGUGAGUUUCCCAUUAAAACCAGCCAACGGAAGUCAGGUGGUUCAGCUGACAGCCUUUAAGCCCUCAGGCUGUUGAGGGGAAAACUACACUACAAUUCUGCAUGGACUCGUGACUUAUCCUGGGAUGACGACGUAGCUCAAUCUGCGGAGGAGCACACACUGCCUCCUCCGCAAUCCUGCAGGCCGUCUCAUUCCCAGAGCUCAGUCUGUGUUGAGUGAGUAAACGUUUUUUGAUAAACAUGAAACGACUCUUCCAGCAAAUGUUCAAUGAGACGCUGCUCAGCAUGGAGCAUUAAGACUUCUCAACAUUGUGUAUAUGUCAUCAUUUUAUAAUGUAUAGAUGUUGUCAGAGGCUCAUAGUGCUAAAAAUAAACAACGUGAGUAUCAUCACACCAUUAAUCGUGACCAGACAACAGAAUGAGUUGUUAGUGAUUUUCGACUUCGGUUGGGAAGACACAGCCCAUCCGUAGAGAUUGUACACUCAGUGUUUUGGAGAAUCAAAAAUCUGGACAUUGAAACCUAUCAACUGUUUGAUCUUUCUAAAGAGAUCUAUAUAAUUCGCUAUUUAAUUUUUUUAUAAAAAAAAGUCUUUAGUGCUUAAAUAGCAAGUAUGUGACGAUCUUAUCAUGACAGCAUUUAUUUUUAAUGUUUUGUUUCUAAAUUUAUUCAUGCUGUAAUUCUACUACCCAACUGAAAUAUCACGAAACUGUAAAUAAUUAUUUUAUUGUAAUAGGCAUUCCCUAUUUUUAUACAAUGCAUAUAAA